CCGGUAGUAUUCAUACACAUUAUCAAACAAGUUAUUUUUUCAGGGUCAGAUAUGAGAUAACAUUCUAUAAAAAAAAUCUUGAUAUAUCGUGAUCACAUUUUAAUUCGACAUAUUAGCUUUUCUCUCAGGGUAAAGGGAAAACUGUUUGUGUGAUGGACUACUUUGUAUAUGAGCGUAGUUUGUAACAUCACAGAGUAAUAUGGUCGAUGCCAGGAGUCGGCGACGAGACUAUGGUAGAAAUUUGGGCAAAUACCGAUGAAUUUUGACGAUUUUUGCGACUGAUUUCUUCAAUGAUAAUGACAGUUCUGCAUGUAUUGUAUUAUGCGGGAUGUAGUUGAAGGCCACCAGUAUCACUGAAAGACUUGCCACUCGUCUAAUUUUAUUAAUUCUUCAAGUGUUACUUCGCACGAUUAUCUGCCCGAGUUUCUCCCAGGGUUAGGGGACCCAUCUACAGAUCAAUGGACCAAUAUCAAGAUCCAUAUGGUCCCCAACUGAUCCAGCGAUGUGUCAUUGUACAGAAGGAUGAGAGGGGCUAUGGCUUAACUGUCAGUGGAGACAAUCCAGUCUUCAUACAGAGUGUCAAAGAUGAUGGCGCUGCAUUCAGAGCAGGGGUCCAGAAAGGGGAUAGGAUAAUCAAGGUGAAUGGUACCCUUGUCACAAAUUGCAAUCACCUUGAAGUUGUGAAGCUCAUCCGAUCUGCUUCCUACGCGGCAUUGACCUUACUGGGCUUACCACCAGGAAUGAAGAACCAAACUCCUCUAUCGCCCCCUCAUCAGGCCAAUGCAACAGCUAAACCCAACCAGAGGCGUUCAGUUACACAACCUGUACCAGUUACACCGGAGAAAGAUGCAGAGUUGAAGAAUGAGCGACUAGUGACGUUGAGGGAAAUGUUUGAACAAGAGAAAGAACUGUAUCAGAAAAUGAAAUCAGAGUAUGAAGCCAACCCAUCAGAGAAACUCAUGAAGGAAUUAGCAGGAAUUAACACGAGGAUUAAAGUUCUGGAAACCCAACUGAAUCGGGCAGCCAGUAUGCAACAGGCUAAGGUACAUGUACAGACAACGGAGAUUCGAGAUUCUGCCAGCUCUUCUGACCUGGAAGUUGAAAAUAGAAACAAGAAUGCACAGCCACAAGAAAAAACUUUGCAGAAUCACAAAGAUAAGCGUAAAACUUCAGAAAGUAGAUCAUGGUUACCCCAAGGAAUAAUCCAUGCUAGACAACGCUCAAGCCCAGAGAGUCUAGGUGUCAUGACCGAUAUUCAGCCAGGCACCAACCUAAAGAGGAAUAACUCUGAUGCGCAGUCUAAAGAAACAGCUAGGAAGAAACAUGUGCGUGCUGUGGGAGCAGCAGAGGCCGAAAUCAGACGGAAACGCUCAGACAAUAUUGAACAGUUAGGGCGGACGUAG